GCCAGUUGAACCUCUAGCGUACAUUAUAAUAACUAUGUCUCCACUGCGUCUCCGUGCGUUUUUAAAAAUAUAUAAAUUUUAAUAUUUCUAACUAUAAAUGCUUACGUGUAAAUGCAAAAAUCUCACAGGCUAAACUAUAAUUCGAAAAUUGGGCUAUUGCGCUGCAUCUUUCGUUUCUAAAUGCCGGCCACGCUGAUUGGUCAGUGCUUGGGUUCGUUAGUUUUUAAACGUAAGCUUGCAUGGUGGUCAGUUCGUCCGAUUUGCAGGCCUGCGCUCAGAAAUCCAGAAUGGCUUCUCAAAACAUUGAUCCUUUGGCUCUUGGUGGCAACAUGAAAAGCAGCGAUGAACAGAGGAGGGUGGACACUGGGAAACACUCGGUUGCAAAACGACUGCAGCAGGAAUUAAUGACUCUUAUGAUGUCGGGCGACAAGACGGUCUCCGCAUUUCCAGAUGGCGACAACCUUUUUCACUGGAUUGGGACAAUUCAGGGGCCUGUGGGAACGGUCUAUGAGAAGCUCAAGUACCGUCUUGUACUGGACUUUCCCAGCACCUACCCGUACGAGUCGCCCCAGGUUCGCUUUGAGACACCCUGCUUCCACCCCAAUGUGGACUCGCUGGGAAACAUUUGCUUGGACAUUUUAAAGGAGAAGUGGACAGCUCUCCUGGACGUUCGCACAGUCCUGCUCUCCAUUCAGUCUCUUCUCGGAGAGCCCAACGUGUCGAGCCCCCUCAAUGGCUACGCGGCAGAGAUCUGGAGCAACCAGGCUUUGUACCAGAAAGUCCUGCUGGAGAAAUAUGAGAAGCAGGCCAAGGCUAAAGAUUCCUAGGCUUUUGUGUGUAUGUGUGUGUGUGUGUUCACCGAGUUAUAGGAGGCUGGCGCUUCUGGGCACUCCUAAGUUCUGUGCAUGUGGGUGGGUGUAGUUUUGUGGUGUGUUGCAGCUGCUUUUUUUUUUUUUUUUUUUCUUUUUGUGUGUUCACUAACGAGGGAUCUGAGACCCCCAUUGAAGGUGGCGUGGAUGAGCGCCAAGCUUCUUUAACACGGAAGCUACGCUUUUUGACACCUUGUGGAAAUACUGUAUAAAGAAUGCUUCAGUGUUGCUUCUUGCACUUGUCCUAAACGGAGAGAAAUAAAACCGUGUACAGCACAUUUUUGUUCA